ACCGCAUCUUCAUUCACCAAAGGAGCUCCCCAGCAUCCUCACCCAGCACUCUCGCCCCUGCUGGCCGACUGAUUUCUGCGCGCGACGAUAGCCAUGGCCACCGUCAAGGAGCAGAUUGGCGAGGUGCUCCUGGGCACGACUCAGGAGCCCCAAUUGUCGCAGCAGACGCGAGCCGCCUUCUUGGAGCACGCCGUCAAGGACGAGGAGACCGGCGAGCUCUACUUGGGCGAGAAUGAGUUUAUCAACGCCGUGGCUCCCGAGACAGAAGACUACCACAAGAUCAAACGCUCGCAGUACAGCAUUCUCUUCCAAGUCGCAGACCGCAAGCGGACAGGUAGAGUGACGCUGCAGGACUGGAGCAACUUCGACAACCUCCUCGCGAAGCCCGACGCCGAGUAUGAAAUCGCGUUUCGGCUUUUUGACACCGAUGGCACCGGCCUGGUCAAUUUCGACAACUUCCAGAAAGUCUACAAUGCGAGCAAGGGCGCCGACAGUCUGCCCUUUGACUGGAACUCGGAGUGGGCGUCCCUGUACAUUGGCGCAAAGGACAAGCGGCACACAAUGACCUACCCCCAGUUCUCGCAAAUGCUGCGAGGACUCCAAGGCGAGCGCGUGCGACAAGCUUUCCUGCACUUCGACAAGAACAGGGAUGGAUACAUAGAGCCCGAAGACUUCCAGAGGAUAAUAUCAGCAACCGCUAGCCACAAGCUGUCAGAUCACCUUCUCGAAAACUUACACACCCUCUGCAACAUUUCCGCCGGCAGCAAGAUAUCGUAUGCGAAUGUCCGUGCCUUCCAGAAUAUGAUCACGCAGAUGGAUAUGGUUGAGUUGAUCAUCCGGAAUGCGACCAACAAGAGCUCAGACGGGAAGAUUACGCGGACGGACUUCCUGAACGAGGCGGCCCGAAUAAGUCGGUUCAACCUCUAUACGCCAAUGGAGGCCGACAUUCUUUUCCAUUUCGCUGGCCUGGAUGAGCCUUCGGGGAGACUUGGGUUGAAGGACUUUGCUCGGGUCCUGGAUCCUUCAUGGAACACGGCCUUUGGCUUUGGCGCGGGAGCAGCAGGCGCCCUGAACGAUGUGGGCGCGAAGGCCUUCUCGACAACACAAUCGAUCCUGCACAAUGUCCUGGAAGCCGUUCAUCAUUUUGGGUUGGGAAGUUUGGCUGGUGCGUUUGGUGCGUUCAUGGUGUAUCCCAUCGAUUUGGUCAAGACGCGGAUGCAGAAUCAGAGAGCGUCAAGAGUCGGAGAGAUGCUGUACAAGAACUCGCUGGAUUGCGCCAAGAAGGUGGUUAAGAAUGAGGGUGUCAAGGGCUUGUACUCGGGCGUGUUCCCGCAACUCAUCGGCGUGGCCCCAGAAAAAGCUAUCAAGCUGACAGUGAACGACUUGGUACGAGGCAAGUUCACAAACCCAGAGAACGGGGACAUCAAGUUUUGGGCAGAGAUGCUAGCAGGUGGAUCUGCUGGCGGUUGCCAAGUGAUAUUUACCAACCCUCUCGAGAUCGUGAAGAUCAGAUUACAGGUCCAGGGUGAGGUUUCAAAGACGGUUGAGGGCGUGCCCAAGCGAUCGGCAAUAUGGAUCAUCAAGAACCUGGGCCUGGUGGGCCUCUACAAGGGCGCGGGUGCUUGUUUACUACGCGACGUUCCAUUUUCUGCCAUAUACUUCCCUUCAUACGCACACAUUAAGAGAGAUUGGAUGGGCGAGACGCCGCAAAAAUCACUAGGCAUCGUCCAGAUGCUGACUGCCGGUGCCAUCGCCGGUAUGCCGGCCGCAUACUUGACGACGCCGUGCGAUGUCAUCAAAACGCGGCUGCAAGUGGAAGCGCGCGCCGGCGAGACGAGCUACACAGGCCUGCGGCAUGCGGCGUCGACAAUCUGGAAGGAGGAGGGCUUCAAGGCCUUCUUCAAGGGCGGGCCGGCGCGCAUCCUGCGAUCGUCGCCGCAGUUUGGCUUCACGCUGGCGGCAUACGAGCUGCUGCAGCGAACAUUCCCGAUGCCCGGGCACAGCCACGAGGGGCCUGGCGGGCACGUCGAGCCCGGGGUGGGCCUGACGGAAGCCAAGGCGCCGCUGCCGUACCUCCGCAGCAGGAACGCGCUCAAGAUCAUCCUCGACCUGGACGAGAACUUUGGCAAGCCCAAGCUGCCGCAGGGCAAAGGCUGGAGCGGGAUGCCGGGGUUCGGCGGGAAGGGCGUGGUGUGACGAGGUGCUGCGGCGAAGCAGAUGCAGCAUGCGGGAGGGUCUUGGGUAAAAUGGGAUUGGGCACGGGUCCGUCUUCAGAAUCGCAUCCGGCGGGCGCAUUGUUGCUUUAUCAGCCAGUCAGGGCGCGGUUCGUCAGAGGCCGUGGGGUGGUGGCUCUCUGCACAGGCUCAGAAUAGACUAGACGGCCGGAGUGUACGAUAGACAUGGCAGGUCGGCGUCGCAGCAGAGUGAGGCGGCGCGGGCGGGCGCGGACACGACCUGGCGGGCGCUCGUCGUGGUGUACGGCGUGUAGAUACAGCAUGCUCGGUCUCCAAUUUAGAGUCACAAAGCGUGGUUCCGUCUCUUUCUUGCGGCUUGCACGGCGGCACGGCUGCACGGGCGACGGCGGGGAAAGCUCGUGCUGUGGCCGCCGGCAUGCCGGUUUGAUAGCACGUCUCCGGCUCGCCGCCAGAUCCCUG